UCAGCGGCCGGCCGGGCGGGGCGCGCGCGGGGCUGGGGCUCGGGCUCGGGCUCGGGCUCGGCGGGCGGAAGCGGCGGCGGCGGCGGCAGGAGCGGCGGGAGCCGAGCGGAGGCUCCGGACGCUGCCCAGGACCGGGACGCCGGAGACCGCGCCCUGAGCGCUCAGCCCGAGGCGUCAUGGCCGAGUACGGGACCCUCCUGCAGGACCUGACCAACAACAUCACCCUGGAGGACCUGGAGCAGCUCAAGUCGGCCUGCAAGGAGGACAUCCCCAGCGAGAAGAGCGAGGAGAUCACGACCGGCAGCGCCUGGUUCAGCUUCCUGGAGAGCCACAACAAGCUGGACAAAGAUAACCUCUCGUACAUCGAGCACAUCUUUGAGAUCUCCCGCCGCCCCGACCUCCUCACCAUGGUGGUGGACUACAGAACCCGCGUCCUGAAGAUCUCGGAGGAGGAUGAGCUGGACACCAAGCUCACCCGGAUCCCCAGUGCCAAGAAGUACAAAGACAUUAUCCGGCAGCCCUCUGAGGAGGAGAUCAUCAAAUUGGCUCCACCACCGAAGAAAGCCUGAGCGAGGGGGAGGAGAGGAGGAAGGUUGGACCUUCACUGGACCACUCCCUUCCCCCAGCCUCCAGGGGAGGGGCACGGGCAACCCCCCCAGUCUACCCACUUACUAACCCGGUCCUAACCCCCUUAUUGUGCGCGUGUGUGUGCGUGUGCGCACGCUCUGGCUGUCUGUCUCUAUGUCUAGCUCAUCUAGUUCCUCCUCCUUGUGAGGGGAUGGGGGUCGGGCUGGGGGGGGCUUCGUUUCCCCACUUUAGGGGGAGGUGGGGGCUAUUUCUAUGCAAAUAGAAAUGGGUACAUUCCUCCUACUGCCCUUUCCUUCCACGGCUAAAGUGUGGGAGCAGAAAGAACCUGUAUUUUCCUACUGAGGAGCCGAGCCUGCGGGUAAAGCACGGGCGAGGUGGGUGCAUUUAAUGAAAAGCAGCGGGAGGGAAGGUGGUCACCCAACCUCCCCCCUCCCCGGAAGUGGGAAAGGAAAGCCGAGUUUGCGCCUGUACCCCGUGCUGGAUCGGCUGAGGGAGCUUUUCUAGACGGUCUUCAGGCCGGAGGGCCUGGGCCCCAGCAGGUCCCUUUUUGCUCCCGUCCCGCGGGCCUAGGAUGGGUACAAGCCAGGGAUCUAAUGAGAGCACCACGGGAUCCUUUCCUGGCCCCUCAGUACCAACUUUGCGGAGCACCGAGCGGUAGACGCUACCCCCCCAAGGGCCCAUGCUGGGAGCAGCCCCACCGACCCCGACUCGGGGGCGCGGGCAGAGAGGGUCCUCCUUGCCACCCCUUUAUUCCUACUCAGACUGUUGCACACACGGACUCCAGACCUAGGGAGGCUGAGCAGUGAGCCCCUGAGGUCUUCACUCCACCCCUGCCCCAGCCACAGGGUCCCAGCGUGGGGACUACAGGCCACCUGCCCUCUCUGGGGUCUACAGCACCCCCAGCUGGAAAGACAGGAAGAAGCUAAUUAGGGCCUCUUCCUCCGCACUGACCCCCAGUUCAGUCCAGGAGGGGACCUGCUGGCCCGUCUCCCUCAACCCCCUGGCGCGUCGGGCUCGUGAAUGCCACCCAGCCAGUCCCCGGACCCCGGCCUCGUCCUGUGCCGACGCCCCCCCGCCCUGACCGUGCUAACUGUGUGUACAUAUAUACCGACAUAUAUGUAUAUUAAACCCGCACUGCCAUGCCUGCCCUCUCGUGGUGUCGAGCAUACCUUCUUGUCUAGGCCCGGGCGGGGCUGGGGGGAGGCCACAGCCAGAGGACUGCCGGCGAGUCGCUGCGGAGUCCACACGGGAGACCGCGUCCACGUGCCACCUCCACAGGCUGGAGCGAGCGCAGUUCCGAGCUUUUCAGCUGAGGGAGCAGGCCCAAGCGGGGGGAGGACCGGCUGCCGGGGAGGGAGGAAGCCGACGGGCCGCGGAGCAGCCUGCACGCCCAGCCCAGCCCAGCCCAGCCCAGCCGUCCCCUCUGGCCACUGCUGCGGACACCUGCCUUAACACGGACACCUGGAGUACUCCACAGUUUUGCCUUAAAGGACCUCCCCGAGAUGCCCCAGCCCUGUCUGCUUCUCCCUCCAGGACCGAGAGGCACUUGUAGAAUUGGGAGGGGGGAGCUGAGCACGACUGUCCUUCCGGUCAGGAUUACGUGAUGUGAGAAUGUGCGUGAGAGCGAGCGAGAGCGAGAGGGGGAAGAGGAGGAAGGAAUAGGAGCCUUCUCUGAGGAGAGGAGGGGGGAGAUGGGAGAAGGGAGACAGGGUCAUUUCCAGCAGAGUCUAGAAAUCUCUCUGUAAGGCAAAAAUAACCUAAAAAGACUAACCUGCCCUCCCACCCUGUACGGCUGUGAGAUUGUCCCCAUCCUGUGCUCCUGUCUGCAGUGUGCACGGCCUUGUUCUAACCCUGGAAUAAAGGUGAUUGACUGUACUGUA